UAUUAUUAUCCGUAUUUCUUGGCCACAUAAAACUCUCGGCUCCCUUUCAGUUUUAAUUCAUCUACUUUUUUUGCCAUACAAAAAGACUAGCUAAACCUUUUUUUUUUAACAUCAAUACCACUUGCCACUUUAGCUUAAGCUUGAUCCCAUGGCUUCUUCUUCUUCUUGGAUUUUGCUCUGCUUAUGUCUAGCCAGUUUCGGUGCUUGCAUGGCUGCAGCUAGCCACAUUGGUUUGGGUUCGAGACUGUUGGCUAGUGAAGAACAGACAUGGGUUUCAGAUAAUGGCACGUUUGCUUUCGGGUUCACUCCAGCUGAAAGGCGUGAUCAGUUUGAACUGGCUAUUUGGUUUGCGGAGCUUCCUGGAGAUAGAACGUUAGUGUGGUCAGCAAACAGAAACUCUUCGGUCACCAACAACGCAAUUUUGGAGCUCGACACCACCGGAAACCUUGUCCUCAUCGAUGGCGACGCCACUGUCUGGAUGUCCAACACUUCCAGUACACGCGUAGAAUAUGCAGUCAUGUCAGAGUCUGGCAACUUCAUCCUCUAUAACACGCCCAACAACACUGUAUGGCAGAGUUUUUCACACCCAACUGACACUCUACUCCCAAACCAACCUCUCACAGUCUCAUCAGAGCUAACAACAUCUAACUCAGCUUCACAAGGUGGCUAUUACACUCUCAAAAUGCUUCAACAACCCAAUUCACUAACCCUCGCUUUAACAUACAAUUUGCCUGAAACUUAUAACAACUUGCCAGAAUCUUUCACCAAUUAUUCCUACUGGCAAGCACCUGAUAUAUCAAAUGUGACUGGGGAUGUUGUAGCAGUCUUAGAUGAUGCUGGAAGCUUUGGAAUCUUUUAUGGGGAAUUCUCGGAUGGUGCUGUGUAUGUGUACAAAAAUGAUAAUGAUAAAGGUGGAUUGUCAGCAACCUCAAACAUGACAACAAGGUCAGCGGUUCUUCGAAGAUUGUCACUUGAGUCUAAUGGAAAUAUACGAUUGUAUAGAUGGGAUGAUGAUGUAAAUGGCUCGCGCCAAUGGGUGUCAGAAUGGGCUGCAGUUUCAAAUCCUUGUGAUAUUGCUGGAAUUUGUGGCAAUGGGGUAUGUAAUUUGGAUAGGAGCAAGACCAAUGCUUCUUGUACAUGUUUACCGGGUACUUCUAAGGUAGAAGGUAGUAGUCAGUGCUCCGAAAACUCCUCUUUGAUUGGUAAAUGUGAUUCACAGCAUAAAUAUCCAACAUCUGAGUUUAGGAUUUCAACGGUGCAGCAAACCAAUUACUAUUAUUCUGAUUUUUCUGUAAUAGCAAAUUAUAGUGAUAUUGCCAAUGUGUCAAAGUGUGGGGAUGCUUGUUUAUCAGAUUGUGACUGUGUUGCCUCUGUUUAUGGGCUUGAUGAUGAGAAGCCUUAUUGUUGGGUAUUGAGAAGCCUGGACUUUGGUGGGUUUGAGGACGCUGGCUCAACUCUCUUUGUGAAGGUUAGGUCUAAUGGUUCAAACACACCAGAAGGAAAUUCUGGGGGUUCUUUGGAAGGGUCCAAGAAUACAAGAACGAAGGUCUUGGUUAUUCCAAUUGUUCUCAGCAUGACAACUCUCAUUGGGCUUCUUUGUUUGUUAUUAUACUAUAACAUUCAUAGAAGAAGAGCUUUAAAGAGAGCCUUGGAGAGCUCCUUGAUCUUAUCAGGUGCUCCAUUGAAUUUUAGCUACCGUGAGUUACAAACCCGGACAUGGAAUUUUAGCCAGUUGCUUGGAAUAGGAGGAUUUGGGAGUGUAUAUAAGGGAAGCCUAGCAGAUGGGACUUUGGUUGCAGUGAAGAAACUAGAUAGGGUGUUGCCUCAUGGAGAGAAGGAAUUUAUAACUGAGGUGAACACUAUUGGCUCCAUGCAUCACAUGAACUUGGUUCGGCUCUGUGGAUACUGCUCUGAGGGGACACAACGGCUUCUAGUAUAUGAGUUCUUGAAAAAUGGGUCCUUGGACAAAUGGAUCUUUCCUUCAUAUAAUUGCAGAGAAAGGCUACUAGAUUGGCCAACUCGCUUCCAUAUAGCUGUGGCUACUGCACAGGGAAUUGCAUAUUUCCAUGAGCAGUGCAGAAAUCGAAUAAUACACUGUGACAUAAAGCCCGAAAAUAUUUUGUUAGAUGAGAAUUUCUGUCCUAAAGUAUCUGAUUUUGGACUAGCUAAGUUAAUGGGAAGAGAGCUCUCACAAGUCGUCACUAUGGUCAGAGGAACUAGAGGCUAUUUAGCUCCAGAGUGGGUUAGUAACCGCCCUAUAACUGUAAAGGCUGAUGUUUAUAGCUAUGGAAUGCUUCUUUUAGAGAUUAUUGGGGGAAGGAGAAAUCUUGACAUGUCUUUUGAUGCUGAAAACUUCUUCUACCCUGGAUGGGCUUUUAAGGAGAUGACAAAUGGGACGCCAAUAAAAGUUGCAGAUAGGCGACUACAAGGGGCCGCAGAUGAAGAGGAGCUUGUGCGAGCUCUGAAAGUCGCAUUCUGGUGCAUACAGGAUGAGGUAUUCACAAGACCUUCAAUGGGGGAAGUGGUGAAGAUGUUGGAAGGAUCAAUUGAUCACAUCAACAUGCCACCAAUGCCACAGACAGUUCUGGAGUUGAUUGAGGAAGGCCUGGAUCAAGUAUACAAAGCAAUGAAGAGAGAAGUUACUCCGUUCAGCUCCUUCACAAUCAACAGCCAUCAUUUAUCUCAAGCUACAUGUAGUUAUUCCACAAUGUCACCUAGAUAGUAAAGGUGACUCAAAACAAAUUUUUGUUUGGGCCAUGAAAUUGGUACCAUGGAUUGUCAAAUAACUAAAAGUUCCUCAAUAUUGCGUUGAGCAUACGUAAAUUUCAUCAAACUUUUGUAUACAUAUUUAUUGCAUUCUUUGUGUCAAAAUGAGAUCAUAUAUAAACAAGUAAGCAAUAGUUUAAAGUGAUUC